UAUACUCUUCGCGAUGGCUGCAUCAAGUACCGACAGCAUCAUCGAGCUAUUGGAGAGACUCUUGAAGAUUCUUAAAGAAGAGAAUGUAUUCAAUCGAUCUGACGAUCAACCUGUGGUACGAUUCCGUCAUCCUCAAUAUUUACAGAAAAUCAUGCCACUGUCUUUGGACGACAAGCCAGCAAGUAACAGGGAAAUAGAAACAGUGAUACGACAGACUGUACAGUUUUCCGUAAAAACGUCUAGUCCUCAUUUUCAUAAUCAACUCUACGCUGGAGUUGAUGAAUAUGGAUUAAUUGGCUCUUGGUUAACGGACGUGUUGAACACCAGCCAGUAUACCUACGAAGUCGCACCCGUAUUUACUCUCAUAGAGCGAGAAGUGAUACAGAAAUCUCUAGAGCUGGUUGGCUACCCGUCGAUGCCAGACGCUGAUGGUAUAAUGUGUCCAGGUGGUAGUAUAUCGAAUAUGUACGGAAUGAUAUUGGCCAGACACAAGAUAUUACCGUCUAUCAAAAAGUCGGGGCUCUUUCCGUUGAAAUCACCUUUAGCAUGUUUUACUAGCGAAGAUAGUCAUUAUUCAAUCCUGAAAAGUGCUAAUUGGUUGGGUUUUGGCAUCGAUCAAGUUUAUAAGGUGAAAACAGACGAGUUUGGUCGCAUGAAAGUGGCUGACCUAAAGAGACUUAUAAUAAAGGCGAGAAAUGAUGGAAAACAACCGUUCUUCGUAAACGCCACCGCCGGAACCACUGUGCUUGGUGCCAUCGAUCCGUUACCAGAAAUCGCCGCAGUAUGCCGAAGCGAGUCACUUUGGCUGCACGUAGACGCAUGUCUCGGUGGAACUUUGCUGUUCUCGGAAAAAUAUCGGUACAGGUUGCGGGGCAUCGAAUUAUCAGACUCGAUGUCCUGGAAUCUGCACAAGAUGCUCGGUGCACCGUUGCAGUGUUCUUUAUUUCUGGUCAAAGGUAAAAAUACACUGUACGAGGUAAAUUGUGCCCAGGCCAAGUAUCUUUUCCAGCAGGACAAAUUUUACGACGUUAGUUGGGACACAGGCGAUAAAAGCGUGCAAUGUGGCAGGAAGGUCGAUGCAGUGAAAUUUUGGUUAAUGUGGAAAGCCCGUGGCAAGAUCGGCCUUACGCGAUCAGUGGAACAAGCAAUGUCCUGCGUGGAAUACUUUCUGAAGCGAAUUAAAGAGACCGCCGGUUUCCGGUUGGUGCAACCUCACUACCAGUGUUGCAACAUUUGUUUUUGGUAUAUACCAUCAACAAUGCGCAAUGAGAAUGAAACUCCAAAUUGGUGGGAGAGACUGUACCUUGUCACAGUCGAAAUAAAGAAACGUUUGAUUCUAGAGGGAACUCUCAUGAUUAGUUAUAUGCCAUUACCGCAGAAGGAGAUUGGCAAUUUUUUUCGCAUGGUUGUAAAUUGCCAACCAUCACCCACAAAAUCGUCCAUGGAUUACGUUAUCGAUCAGAUAGAAAAAAUCGCGACUGAUUUAUAGAAAAAAUACUUCUCUUUGAGUUGUGUUCUAUAUAAUAAUAUUGAAGAUUUGUUCUUAUCGUGAAAAAAUUGGUAUUAUAAGUACUUACGGAGUCGCAUAAAAAAAAAAGAAUUUUGUCUUUAAUACAAACCAGAGCUCGGCACGAAAUGCAACUUUCGGCCGAUUUUCGAAUCGACUCCGUCUACCGCUAUCCCCUUCACCUCACUACCCCGCGCGCAAUCCAAAUACUGCUCGACGCUUAGGAACGUACUAAGACGCUCAUAGUCGUAAGAAGCGUUUUUUCAUUCUAUCUUACAGCGAAUUCGAUUGGAUCCACUCAGAGCGCACUGAUGCACAUUAAAAUAGUACACAAAUUGAAAGUAUAAAAAUGUUUGUUUGAUAUAAAUAUAAAAACGGAAUUAAACCAUGAGAUCUGCAAUAGAUGUUACUGUGCCGUUACGUAAAAUCUAUAUUUUAUAAUUCGAAUACUUGCAUUUUACUUUUACACGGAUUAAAUUUGUGUAUAACGGCUUUAAUGUACAAUAAUAUACACUAAUACGGUCAACCGAGAGAAUUCACUAUUAGUUUCGUAUAUAAUAAGCGAAAACAAAAGAUAGAUGAGCUUACGUCUAUGAGCGUAAUGAUUACGUCUUAGUACGCUCCUAAGCGUCGAGCGGCAUUUGGGGCGGGGUAGUGAGGUGAAGGGGAUAGCGAUAGACGGAGUCGAUUCGAAAAUCGGCCGAAAGUUGCAUUUCGUGCCGAGCCCUGUUACAAAUAAACGCGCAAAAUGCAGCGAAUACAAUAUCUAUAUUAUUCGCAUAAACGUAUGACUUCGAUAAUCAUAAUUUAUUUGACGCUCGACAGCAUCAAAUUAUCCAUCUUACGUCGUUAGUUCACAUAUAUAGAGUUAUUAGCUGUACAAGGAGAUACUGCGGUGUCGUCUAUAUUACCGAUAAAACUAGCGUUUUUGACGUUUUCGUUCCUCUCUAACUUCUUCGUAAUAGUUUCGCACAAUAAAAAUUCUUUCUUCACUUAAUUAUUUUUAAAUAUUCAUGCUAAUGUACCUGGCUCCUGGUCUAUAUUGUGUCCAAACCUGGAAAAAAAUAUGAAAUUACAGAUUUCU